CGAAGAAAAGCUCUCGCUGUCGUCGUCCUAAAAAACAACGCCACCAUUUUUUUUUCCUCGAAGCAAAUACGCAGAAAGAGAACACAGAAGCAUCAACAGAGAUGCCCUCGAUCCCGCGCCAAUCAGACUACUGGAGAUUUUCCCCGGACACCCCCAUCGUCAUCGACAAUGGCGGCUCCCAUUUCCGUAUCGGGUGGGCGGGAGAGUCCGAUCCUCGAAUCACUUUUCGCAACGUUGUGCAGAGGCCUCGCCAUAGAUCGACAGGUGAUACUGUUACUAUUGUUGGAGACCAUCAUGAUCCAGCGAACCUGAAGUAUUUUGACUGUACGAGGACGUCCUAUCGUUCUCCGUUUGACAACAAUGUCGUUUACCAGUAUGAGAUCAUGGAAUAUGUUCUUGAUUACGCUUUAGAUCGGUUGGGGGCAGAUUUAAAGGUUGACCAUCCCAUUCUGAUGACAGAAUGCAUAUGCAACCCUAUAUCAUCGCGCAGUAAAAUGGCGGAGCUUCUAUUUGAGACUUAUGGCAUACCAUCCAUAGCUUUUGGUGUCGAUGCUGCAUUCAGCUACAAGUUAAAUCAGCAACUUGGGGUUUGCAAUGAAGAUGGCCUUGUCGUUUGUUCGGGACUGACAACAAGCCAUGUCAUCCCUUUUCUAUCAGGGGAGCCUGUGAUUGAUGCAUGUUGCAGAACAAAUAUUGGUGGAUAUCAUGUAACUGAUUAUUUGAAGCAGCUUCUUUCUCUUAAGUAUCCUAAUCAUGCAUCUAGCAUCUCAUGGGAAAAAGCUGAGGAGCUGAAAAGGGAACAUUGCUAUGUAGCUUCUGAUUAUCAGUCAGAAUUGCAAUUGUUCCAGAAAGGGACAAAAGAAGCUGAAGAGAAGACCAGAUACUGGCAACUACCCUGGGUUCCACCUCCACGAGAAGUGGGCCCAUCUGAAGAGGAACUUGCCAGAAAAGCUGCUUUGAGAGAAAAGCAAGGCCAGCGAUUGAGAGACAUGGCUGCAGCAAAAAAGUCUGUUAGAAUAUCCGAGCUGGAAAAUGAACUUCAAGGUUUAGAAGAUCUCUUGGAUCAGCUUGAGGAGGUGGAUGAAGAUGAGAUUCCCUCUAUUUUGUCAGCAGCUGGUUAUGUUUCCAGACACGAAAUUGACUCUGCUGUUCUAAGAGUAACACAAUCCUUACGAAAGGCAAAGGGCGAGCCUGAUGAAAGUGAGGAUAAAAUGGACGAGGCCUCAUUGGCAGAGAGAUUUCCACUCGUUAAUAUUCCUGAUGACAUGUUGACUCCUGAGCAGAUUAAAGAAAAAAGAAAGCAGACAUUUCUCAAGACCACAACAGAGGGCAGAUUGCGUGCUAAGCAAAAGCGCGUUGAAGAAGAAUUACUGAGGGAGAAGCAGAAUCAAGAAGAAGAAGAAAAGCGACUAGAGAACCCAGAACAAUAUCUUGAGCAACUACGAGCUAAAUAUAAAGAACUCUCUGAGAAAGUUGAGCAGAGGAAGAGGCUCAAGACAAAUGGCAACCGUACAAAUGGUAAUCAGAAUUCAUCAGGGAAUACAGGUCGUGGCGAACGUCUGAAUGCUGCUCAAAGGGAAAGAAUGCGCCUCUUGACAACUGCAGCAUUUGAUCGAGGGAAAGGUGAAGAUACAUUUGGAGCUAGAGAUGAAGAUUGGCAACUGUAUAAACUGAUGAGCAAGGAUGUUGAUGAAGAAGAUGAGGGGCAAGACGAGAAUGAGGCAGAAUUAGCUCGCAUCUCCAGUAGGCUCCAGGAUAUAGACCCAGAGUUUGUUCCUAAAUUCGAAGCAUCAUUGCUCCCAGGUACACCAGAAUUCCCACGCUACCGUCCUCUCACUUGCGGCAAGCACUUCCAGCAUUUUCUCUCGGCGGUUGAGCUGCGAUUCAGAUGUCCUCAAAUACUUUUCCAGCCCACAAUGGUCGGAGUGGAUCAAGCAGGUCUCGAUGAGAUGGUCGGGAUCUCUCUCCGCAGGCUCUCUUCAGUCGAUGAAACCAUCAAGAGCAGAAUGUGCAGUUCUGUUCUCGUAACCGGCGGAAGUACUCUUUUCCCUGGUUUGGAUUCAAGAUUAGAAAACGGAAUUCGGAGAAUUCGACCAUACCGUUCACCUCUCAAGGUAGUUAGGGCAUCGGACGAGAUAUUAGAUGCGUGGAGAGGUGCAGCAGCAUAUGCUACCUCCUUGCAGUUUCCAUCACAGACGUUCAGUAUCCAAGAUUAUUACGAGAAAGGUGAAGGUGCACUGAGGGAAUACAAAAUCAAGUAUAGCCUAUGACUAUGGAGUUCUGUGUUUAUAUUAUUAUUAGGUUUUAUACGCGUGCAAUGCAUGUGGUUAAAUAUCAUGAUUAAGUAUUUUUAGCUUAAUUCUAACUAAAAGUUGUUUCUCAUUUUCAUUUUAAUAGUUUGUGCUCACUUUUGUCUUUGAACUUUAAUAUUACGAUUAUUUA